AUGGACAAGGCAGGAAACAUUAUGUAUGACGCGUCGGACACGUCGACAGACAAGCGAAUCAUGGCACAAUCCGUCAACCUGAUCCUGCACGUCUUUGAAAGUCCCGCCAGGGACUCUUUCAACCCUGCAUGUGCGGCGGCGCUGAAGUCGCGACUCGAAGGCUUGUAUCCUGCUGUCGGCGUCGUCGAACAUUCGUACGAAAUCGCGCCCAAGAACAACUUGGUUAUGCAGCCAAAUCAGGGCCUGGGUGACUCUGUAAAACUUAUGCGCAACUGGGAAGCGUCGAUGAAUGUACCCGUAUUCAACAAGUACAUCAUCGUGUGGCGCGCCACAUGCCCCUCUCAAAGGCAGUACACGGCCAAACCGACAAUCGCCAAGAAACUCCGAGAUGAUGGCAUCUUCCUGUCAAUUAUCUCCCCAUUUGAGUUUGUCCCGAUGGAAGACUGCAUAAUGCGACACAGUCUCAUCGCGAAUGCUGAUUCACCUGCCCCGUGGAUGCCUUGGUGGGCGGAGAGGUAUUACAGUCUACAAGGGUUCGACAGCGCCACAUAUCGCGGCUACAUGUCAUAUUCCCAGCUACCUCAGCUCAUGCAUGCCGCGGGAGUGGAUGUCACACAAUGCGCCCUGAUGUUCGACGGCUUUCCGAUCCGCCGCGACGACUUUCGGUACCAGGUUACCAGAUUCUUGGCUACCCCGCCACAGAUGCAAGUUCAACCGUGGAGCAUUCGUCAGCAACAGAUUGGCUAUGUGGGCCCUGUGAGCUUUGCGCCACAGCCUGGCUUUGUGCCACAGACACAAGGGCUCGCGCCACAGACUGGCUAUGCCCUUCAUGCAGGUGAACCGUCGCAUGCUGCCCUAACACAUCUCCCGGGAGCAUGGGCACGACAGCAGCAGGUGCAAGCGCAGCCGAGAGCAUCGACCAAUCUCGGCGUGCCCCGCAACCGCACGAUCCCGCUGCCUGUGGCACAACAGAUUGGCUCUACGCCUCUCGCAGGCGUUGCAACGCACACAAUCAACACACCGCAGGCUCAAGGCACUUGGGAACGCCAACAGCUAUCGGCGCAGCCCAGUACAUCGUCUAAUAUCGGUGUAUCGCAUGGACGGGCGGCCCCAUUAGCCGCUACACCGACCCUGCCAGUCAAUGGGCGCAAGCGCAAGGAGCGCAGCGACUCAACGCCGGAGCAAUCUGCGAGCGCGGCGGUCGAUGGCACUGCAGAACCUGAGGCAAAACGCCAGCGGGUAUUCGCGAGUGCGCCUGUGGCGGGUCUAUCAAGCAAAGCCAAGGGUAAACGAAAGGCCGAGUGCACAGUUGUCACGGUUGAUGAGCACGACCAUGCUUCCAAGUCAGGUAUACAAGGCUUCGCGCAGCCUGUUCAUAAAGAUCCGCAGGCACCUAACCCUGCCAGCAGCCGUGAUUCCUCAGGGGAAUCUUCAAUGAGGCUUCCGACGCCUGCCGAUGACCCUGUCUUCGCAGCCUUGCUGCAGGAAAUCGGCCUCGAGCCCGACUUCUUUGCACUAGUCCCCAGUCUCACUGGUGUCGAUCUAUACACGCCUAUAGACCUCACCGAGGAGGUGCAUGGACUUGAAACUUUCCCCUCCGCGAACGAAGGUACAUAUGCGGAGGAGGGCGUGACACAGCCCACAUAUGUGCCGACCUAUCCUCCUGAUGACACAUACAGCGAGGAGAACCUGUGGUACCAAGACGAGAUAACGGGAGUGACGCCGUCCACCUCAUCGUCCAAACCCGCGAUUCAAGGUACAAAUGCGGAGGAGGAUGUGGCAUACCUCACAUAUGUGCCGACCUAUCCUCCUGAUGGCGUAUACAGUGGGAUAAAAGUAUGGUACCAAGAUGUCCGAACGUCUGUGAGGCCGUUCGACGCAAACGAAGACGUCACGAAUUCCCAAGAUGUCAAUUUGGAGGACUACGUCAUGUUCCCCGAAGCAGGACCAGCCCGUGUUCGCUACGAUGAAAUGCCGUAUCAAACUGUCACCCAACAUUGGCUCGAUGACAGUAUCAGACAAUUGCGUGACCUGGAGCACGAGGCGUGGGUGGACCAUUACUGGUACACGGAUAACUUUUCCACCAAUAUAGCCCUCUACAAUUGCGUCGUGUGA